ACGCUAUAAAACAGAUCUCUACAGUAGCCCUCGACUACCUAAAUAUCAAUUAUAUUAAUAUCUAAAAUGUUUUCGGGUUUGUCCGCUGAUUGCGCCCGUAUGGGGUUUGUUUUUCAAUGGGAUCCAGCGAGGUAAGAGGUAAGAAAGAGAGCGCGGGCGGCAAAAACCAAAGCAAGACAUUCAAUUACACAGAUUGCGGGUGACAUAGUGGCGGGGCCUAGAUAAGAUUCGUGAAUACAGGGUGCCCUUUAGGCCAUUUAAUAGGGCGCCAAAUGAUUUCGACACUCAAAUCGCUGAUGCAUCCUGUAUAGUUUAUCAAUUUUAAAGAGGUUGCCAAUGCUCGACUAGAACUGUUUGUCCAAAUCAUAUAUAAUCAGUUAAACGCCAGAUUUUGAGCACGCCAGUUAGCAGGAGAAUCAAGUUGUUGAGCAGCCACAAUUUCGAUUACACAAUUUCAAGUAGCCACGAAAUUUGCGCAUUCCACAAAUCACACAGUGCGAGAGUGAGAGAGGGAGAAAUGUUGAUGCUGCAACGUAUCCAUCAGUUACUUUUAUACGCCCUCUGUCUGCUGGCCCUUGUUGUGUUCUGUGCUCCGGCACCGAGUGAAUCACGACGCGUGAUCUUCAUGGCACCCCCGGGCAUUCAUCGUGGACAAAUACUGUCCACACACGGCCUGGAGAAGCCCUGCCAGAAAUGCCAUAUGCGAGAUCAUCGUGGCAAUUGUCGGCGCAUCAUUUCAUAUAGUUCCGAUGGCGCAAAGUGUUGACAUGAAGGUCGGAGACUAUCAACCCGAAUCUCUAUCAGAAACCUACCACAACAAAAGCGCAUCAUUAAUCGACUAUUUAUUCGCUUUCGAUAAAUUAUUUAUUACAUUUUAGUUUCACACCAAUUUUUAUGUGUCUCGUAAUUAAAUUAUGACAUUUUGCAAGCAUUUUAAAUUGCUUUGCUUCCUAAAUUUGCUUUGUUUUUUUUUUUAACGGUCUCCAGAAAUUACCACAAAAGUGUAUUUAUUAUCUUGCCAAGUUAAGAUUGUGAAAGUGAUUGUGCCUGACAAUUAGAAGUGCUCAUAUAUCCGGCUCAAUACCAUAUUGGGUUAACAGACAUAUUGAUUUAUCUCUGACGGUCUUCAGUUAAAUAUUUCGUUAUAACUUGUGCGAUUCGAUUGCCAUGGCAAUCGGCAGAAAUAUGUAUUAAACGUAUUAAACGUGUAAGAGUGCCAGAGAUUUAAAUAUAAGAGAAUAUAAAUUACUUAACAACUUAAUGCUAUUAAAAAUAUAAACAAGACACAAGAUUCGAACAUUAAAGAGACACUACUUAUUUAGUAGUUUAUGGUAAAUUUUUUGUUAUUAAUUUAUUAUUUGUGUUAUGAACAAUUUAAAUGAACUUUUAGCUCAGUCAUGGACUAGAGCAAAAUUCAGAAUCAUGUGCUAUUUUAAUGAAUCAUUUGUUACAUACUUGACCUUAUACUCAAAUUGAAAUAAAUGUU